AUGAACGCAGCGGCCACCUGCAGCAAGCGCAAGGAGAGGGACUCGCAUGGGAGCCCUCCCGCUGGUGGCGCCCACCUGGCUGGGGAGAAGAGGGCAAGGAAAAGAAGGCGCACCAGGCACGACCAACCAGAACCGCAGGCCCAUUGUCUGGCCAGCAACAAGUACCUGGCCUUGAGCGUCACUUCGGCCCACCUGCUCCAAGAGGAGUACCGGCAGGGCGCCACCCUCGCGGUGCACGAGCUCCACUACCUAAAGGGCAACAACAAGGAGAAGAAGGAGGAACUCCUUCAACAUCUUGACGACCACUCAGACGGCCCAGCGCCCACCUACAGGCUGGGCGCCCAAUUGGAGCUCUUGGGCUCCAACGGGUGCGCACUGGCGUGUGGCAAGUGCUGGCCCAAGCACGGAGCCAGCCUUGUGAAGAUCAACCACCGUGGCGGCCCUUUGAUUGCGACCCCAUUGAACAUCAACAUCAAGAUCAAGGUCCGGCUGUGGAUCGACAGCGGCCACCAUCUCCUUGAAGGCACCAUCGCAUUGGGUGUCAUCAUCGCCAACCGCGAGACCAAGAGGGCCUUCGCCCUCGCGACGGCACCCCUGCCUAACUCUGUCCAUCUGCGCCCCACCAUCAACCUCGACGACCUGGAUUCGACGUUCCUCCUGACGAACGAACGCGCGAACGACCACGACCAUCGCCAGCCCUGCCAGGCCGAGACCGACGAUGCCCCUCCCCUGCCUCAGCUGUCCGACGCCGCCAGCCACCAAGACUCCUCUGCGAUUUGCUCGCUCUCUCUCAAGGAAAUCGAGCACCUCGUGGAAGUACUCUUUGGCCACGGCGUCGAGUCGGCUCAGGCAAGGGAGGAGAUCAACCGUCUCCCCUACUAA